AUGACAACAAUUAAGGGAAAAAAAAGUGAUUACUGGGAUAAUUAUGAAGAAGUUAAUGUGGAUGGAAAAGUUCGGUUUAAAUGUAUACUUGGUUGUGAAGAUAGUUGGGUGAAAAAUGAAACAAGACUCAAAGAACAUUCAGAAAAUUGCAGUAAGCAAACAAGAGCUUCAAAUUAUAAUCAAACUACUCUUGACAACAAUAACAAAGUUGUAUCAAAACAAAGUCAAAAAGUUUAUGAAAUACUUUUAACCUGUGCAUUUAUUUCUUUGGGUAUUCCUUUUAAUGUAAUUGAAAAUCCUGAUUUUCUUGCCUUUUUACAAAAAACUAAUCCAAGUUAUACUGUCCCUUCUCAUUAUAGAAUUUCUAAUAUUUUAGCAACCUUAUACCAUUUACAACAAGAAAAAUAUAGACAUGAAAUUGGGCUUAGGUUAAAUUUAAAACACUUAUAUGAUUUUUUAAAACCAUUUGCUAACUUUAUUUAUAUGAUUGAAAGUAAUCAUUUACUUUUGUCUACAGCAUAUGUAAAAUUUAAUAAGCUACAAAAUUUUGUAAAAAAUAAUCAACAAAUACCAAAAGAAAUCUCCAGUCAAGCAGUUAAAUUUGGAAAUAACCGAUGUGACAAAGAAAUUAUUCAACUAGCUGGUAAUAAACCUUCAGAAUUAGUUUUGAAAGAAUUAGCAAAUUAUAUUGGCAAAAUUGUAAGCAACUGUGCUUCAAAUUUAAGUGAAGUUGCACUUAAAGUUUUUUCAAUACCUGCAUCAUCUGCUUCAAGUGAAAGAAACUGGUUUACAUUUGGGUUUACUCUUUCAAAAAAUCAUAAUAGAUUGAAUGUUAAACGGGUUGAAAAAUUAGUUUAUCUUUAUUGGAACUUAAGAAUUUUACAACAAUUAAAUCAACUAAUCAAUUAUAAUUAUAAUGGUUUAGAUAUUAAUAUUAAUAAGACUAUGAUG